CUUUAAACUGGAAAAAGUAAAUAGCUUUUGAACGGGCUUUUGCGCGUGCGUAGAAAUGUUAUGGGCGUCGAGGCGAUACUGGAGUAUAGAGCGCAUUCGUAAAGGAAAAUAGACACUGUCAACCAUCCCAAACAGACCAGAAGGAAUCAUGGGGAGUGUGUUCUUGCCGUCGGACCUGGCCAACACAGUGCUGAGGCGUCUGCGCAGGGACAACGGCUACCUGCUAGAGGAGAUCCGCCAGGGCAACAUCCAGAGAGAGUGCAGAGAGGAGAUCUGCACCUACGAGGAAGCCAGGGAGGCCUUUGAGAACGAUGAGAAAACUCAACGGUUCUGGGAGGAGUAUGUGCGGGAGAGCAGUGGCGGGCAGCAGUUGGAGGGCAGAGUCCACUCCCUCUACCUGAUCCUCCCCUUGCUCCUGGUGCUCCUGAUCUCUGGCGUGGCCAUCACUGUGUGGCGCUGCCACUCCCGCAAGCGCUCGGAACGCAACCCCGCCCUGGGCCACUCCCACCGGGACCCCACCCUAUCGUUGGUCUCCAUGGACCAGUGGGGGCGGGACCUCCACGACCACUCAGAGCUCAGCGUCAACAGCAGCCCCGCCGACCCGGGCUCGGAGGUCACGUCGGCGAGGGGAGGCAGAGGAGACCCGCCCCCGUCUUACGAGGAGGCGGUCGGCCACACAGAUGUGCACAUAGAGACAGAGCCUCCGCCUCAGUAUGAGGACAUCAUUGGCCAUGGGAAGUGAAGUGACCCCCCCCAUACCCUGUCUCAACCGGCCCACAUCCAGCUAGAUCAGGGGUGUCAAACUCAUUCCAUGGAGGGCCGUCUGUCUGCUGGUGUUUGUUUUUUCUUCUCAAUUCAGACCUAGACAACCAGGUGAGGGAAGUUACUAACUAAUCAAUGACCUUAAUUCAUCAAUCAGGUACAAGGGAGGAGGGAACACCUCAGUGGAAGGGAGGAGGGAACACCUCAGUGGAAGGGAGGAGGGAACACCUCAGUGGAAGGGAGGAGGGAACACCUCAGUGGAAGGGAGGAGGGAACACCUCAGUGGAAGGGAGGAGGGAACACCUCAGUGGAAGGGAGGAGGGAACACCUCAGUGGAAGGGAGGAGGGAACACCUCAGUGGAAGGGAGGAGGGAACACCUCAGUGGAAGGGAGGAGGGAACACCUCAGUGGAAUAAGUUUGACACAUGAGCUUAGAUCCUCCUGCCCGGUCUCACCCUCCUGCUCACCUCCCUCUAACUGUUAUGUUACUACACUAACACAGAGGUGUUGGAUGCAAUAACGUUAAUGCUUGCACUGACCAUCGGAUAGGGGUGGAGUGAUGGUGAAGAUUAUACCAAAUGUUUGAUUUUGCUAUACCCAGAUGUACAGUUAUUUAACCAUGCUGCCAUACAACAGUGAUGCUAUGACUACCCUGGAGGUUUGGGGCUUGAUGAAUGGUGCAUUGUGGGGUGUAAAGUUAAAAAAAGAAAACGGUUCAGAUUUCCAUACUUCUAAAAAAGGAGAUAGAUAGAGAAAUCUAUUAGUUGUUUGAAUGUUCGGGGAGUGAAUUGUAAAAAAAAAAAAAAAAAAAAGAAGUUGUCGUUUUUGCCAUACAUUUUGGUUAGCCAGUAGUGGCUUUGGACACAUAGACUUGGAUGGAUCUAUCCCAGCGUCAUAUGAAUUAGUCAGGGACAGUCAAUAUUCUCAGACCCCAUUCCCUACAGCUGCAUCCCAAAUGGUACCCUAUUCCCUAUGUAGCACACUAAUUUUGACUAGUCCAUAUGGGUAUUAGUGUACUACUUUUGACUAGAGUCCAUAUCGGUAUUAGUGCACUAAAUAGGGCAUAGAGUCUCCGUGUGACAUUAUGGGAGCUGUGCUGGCAUGGAGCGCAGCGUGACCUGCGAGGGAACCUGGGACAGGAAGCUACAGACAAUUACCCAUUUUCUCUCUUUGGGCUACAUACAGUAUUAAAUGUCACUACACACAGUGUGUUUCUGUGAGAGCGCAUUUUUCUUCUACUGCGGAUAACAGCACUGACUACAUUGAUAAUAAUGGUGUGAAUAACAUGAGGUGUGUGACUGAAGGCACUUUGUGUUGAGGCUCAAACUGAGCCAUUUGAUAAUGAAUACUAGGGCAUAGUUGGUUUUGUUCUAUUCAGCACUACUCACCAAUAAUGUCAUCAGCUAUUGGUCAACUGUAUAUUUUACAUGCUAAUUAUGCAGCCGGGGGACUAAAUGCAGACAUCCUAAACACUAAAUAUCUGCGUAAUAUUCAUUAUUAUAAGUGAUAUUGAUACAUGUAAUAUGACAAUGGCCCUGAAGAUACUUAUUUCUUGAGACAAUGUAGAGUUUGACCCGGGUUCAAUCUUAUCCGCAUCAAAGUGUGUUGACAUUUUAACAGUAAUUCCCGAUUGUGCCGACAUUGCAACGUUUACUGUUAAUGGGAUCUCAGCAAACGGUGGGAACAUUGCCUUAGAAGGCGUAUUGUCGACAGCGCUCUACGGAUUGAAGUACGGCCUUUGUCUGCACAAUAAUGUUUACACAGUAAUUGUGUCGUGUCUCAACAACGCUUGUGUAAUUAUUUUUGUAGAGAUUUUUUGCGUUGCAUCACAACCAUUGUGCCAAAUGCGUUAUACAUCAGUUGUAGGACUUGAGUGUGCACGGGGCCUGUGUAAUCUGUACGCCGCAGAUGUAUGAGAGGACUGAUGUAUUUUGUUGACCUGUGGAACCGCAGCAGUUGUCCCUAUGCUAUAUGACCUGUGAUUGGGAUGUGCUGGUUGAGGUAGCCAUUUUGGUUGGGUUUAUGGCCCUGUCCAGAAAUGGCCCUUACUCCUUAAACCAGGGCUCUCUAAUCCUGUUCCUGGAGAGCUACCCUCUUGUACAGUUUUGCUACAACCCCAGUUGUAACUAACCUGGUUCAGCUCAUCAACCAGCUAAUUAUUAGAAUCGGGUGUGCUAGAUUAGGGUUGGAGAGAGAACCUACUGGACGGUAGCUCUCCAGGAACAGGGUUGGGGAACCCUUCCUUAAACACUUGUUGGAGAUCAGAGGAUUUGAUGGUUAAAGCAGGGAUGGGCAAAAUUGAUAGUGGUGGGGGCUACAAAAAAACUCAUGAGGGACUGCAUACCCAAAUCCAUACCCCCCCCCCCCCCCCCCCCCUUGACAGCAGAUAAGUUUACUUAAUUUCAUGCAAUUCUACUCAUUUUGCCAUGGGGUGGAGAGAUUUUUGUUUGCAGCUUUUAAUAUCUGAUUGAGAUUAACAAAAUCAAUAGGGGCCCCCAGUUUAUAAUUUCACCAUAAUAAAAAGUUUAGAUUGCUUAUUUUAGUGGCCAGCUAUCUACAAAUGUUUAGCUGACAUGAGCUAAUUGAGUGACUGUCAGUGACUUGACAUAAGAGAAACUGCUGAUGCAAAACCACAUUUGGAAAUUGCACUUUGUGUAUUCUAUUGUAACUCUCAACAGUAGUAAGUUGAUACCCUGACAGUUCCUAUUACACCUUCAAAAGGGAGGCCGUCAGUUGCCCAGCCCUGUGCUAAAGCAAUAUGUUGAUAGUUCCACCUUUCCCUCUGAUAGGCUAGGUGGAAUAUUUGCUAUUUUGCUUACAUCUGUCCAAUCAUUUGAGAUCUUUUAAGUGUACAUAUAGGUGGUAGAAGAUAUGAGUUUCUGGACAUGACCUAUUAUUGUACUGUUACCUUUUGAAAUCCUGUUUUUACAAUGCCUUAAGCAAAUACGUUCAUGUAAAUAGAUGGUAAACCUUUGGAUAUGUACUGAGCUUGAAUUAAUUUGUAAUAAAAUAUUUUCAAAUGUG